GUGGCCACGCCCAGGGGCGGGGCCGGGGCGGGCGGGACGGCGCCGUCCGAGCGCGGGGCCGGGACGGAGCCGCGGCCGUGGCGGGAGCGGGGACAGCGGGGACAGCGGGGACAGCGGGGACAGCGGGGACAGCGGGGACAACGGGGACAACGGGGACAGCGGGAACAGCGGGGACAGCGGGAACAGCGGGGACAGCGGGGACAGCGGGGACAGCGCCAUGGCCGAGCAAUGCGACGUGGUGGUGAUCGGGGGCGGCAUCUCAGGUUUGUCAGCUGCCAAAUUGCUGUCUGAGGCUGGGGUCAGCGUGGUGGUCCUCGAGGCCCGGGACAGAGUUGGGGGAAGGACAUUCACCAUCAGAAAUGACAAAGUGAAUUAUGUAGAUGUUGGUGGAUCAUAUGUGGGACCGACCCAAAACCGGAUUCUCCGACUGGCAAAGGAGCUGGGGGUGGAGACCUAUAAAGUUUAUGUUGAGGGCCACAUGUUCCAUCAUAAAGGGGGAAAGUCACGAAAUUUCACAGGAAUUUGCCCUUCAACAUGGAAUCCCUUGGUUUAUCUGGAUUACAAUAACUUCUGGAGAACCAUGGACAAGAUGGGAAAAGAGAUUCCUGUUGAUGCACCAUGGGAUGCUCCACAUGCUGAAGAAUGGGACAAAAUGACCAUGAAAGAGCUGAUAAAUAAGAUUUGCUGGACCAAAGCUGUCAGAGACUUCGCCACGGUCUUUGUGAACGUCAACGUCACGUCUGAGCCUCACGAGGUCUCUGCCCUCUGGUUCCUGUGGUAUGUGAGGCAGUGUGGGGGCACAUCCAGGAUUUUCUCUAUCACCAAUGGAGGCCAGGAGAGGAAGUUUAAAGGGGGUUCUGGUCAGAUAUCAGAGAAAAUAAUGGAACGCCUCAAAGGCAGAGUUAAACUGGAGAGACCUGUGAUCAGUAUCGAUCAGACAGGUGAUAAUGUCCUUGUGGAGACUCUAAACCAUGAGAUAUAUGAGGGCAAGUACGUGAUCAGUGCCAUCCCUCCAAUCCUGACAACAAAGAUUCAUUUCAAGCCAGAGCUGCCACCAAAGAGAAACCAGUUAAUUCAGCGUUUGCCUAUGGGGAGUGUCAUAAAAUGCAUGAUGUACUACAGGGAAGCCUUCUGGAGGAGGAAGGGUUACUGUGGUUCCUUCAUCAUUGAGGAUGAAGAGUCUCCAAUUGGAAUAACCAUAGACGACACAAAACCUGAUGGAACUUUCCCUGCCAUUAUGGGUUUCAUCCUUACCAGAAAGGCUGUCAAACUGGCCCAUCUCAGCAAGGAAGAGAGAAAAAAGAAGAUCUGUGAGGCUUAUGCCAAGGCACUGGGGAUGAAAGAGGCUUUACAACCCGUGCAUUAUGAAGAGAAGAACUGGACCAUGGAGCAAUAUUCAGGGGGCUGCUACACAGCCUACUUCCCACCAGGCAUAAUGCAUUCCUAUGGAAGGAUCAUUCGCCAGCCUGUUGACAGAAUCUACUUUGCUGGCACGGAGACAGCGACCCAGUGGAGCGGGUACAUGGAGGGGGCCGUGCAGGCGGGAGAGAGAGCAGCCAGAGAGGUACUGCACAGUAUGGGGAAGAUCUCCAAGAGUGAAAUUUGGAUGCCAGAGCCAGAGUCGAAGGAUGUCCCAGCCCGACCAUUCCCCACCACCUUCUGGGAGAGGAACCUGCCCUCGGCGCCAGGGCUGCUGUGCCUGCUGAGCAGCACCCUGUGCCUCACCUCGGUGGCUGCUGUGGUGCUCUUUGCCUGUAAAAAGGGACUUGUCGCUCGAAACUAGCGGGGACCACACCCCCUCUCCUCCCCUUUUACCAGAUGAGUGUUAUUUUGGAGAAAAGUGGCAUGGACAGCUGGAAAGAGCAAAAGUUAUUCUCCUUGUGAUUUUUCUUUUUAGUCCCAUAAUUAAUGCAUUGAAUCUACUGCGGCUGUGUUACCAGCUAAACAGAAAUAAAUCAGCUGUGGGGGUGUUUUUCAAAUUUGUCCAUUUGUUUUUGGUUGGACAUGAUCAUAUCAAUGAUAUAUUCCUAAUACAGGCAGGGCAAGACGCAAAUCUCACCUUUUCUGGGUUGCAAAGAGGUCUCGGAGAAUGCUUUUGUUUCCACUCGGUGUUUUAUUUUUCACCACACAAGAUGGUAAAUGCCCUCAUACAUUCACCUCAGUCAGCAGCUCAGAACAUCCGAGGUUAUUGCCAUACCAUCCCUGCUGCACAGAAGAGAUUAGCAUGCCAAUCAGUCAUAGAAUUGGCAAAUUAAUUUUCAAAUGCAUUUGAUUAAUUAUUAAUCAUCGCAAUGUGAAACUUAACCCUGAGCUGGAUGAAAGGAGGUAAUUAGCACAAGGCACAGCACUGAACAGGGAGAGAGGAGACAUGGCUGGACUUAAUUCCUCUCACUACCAAGGAAACAUCUGUGCACAUCUGCUCUGCAGGGUGCCUGCCCUCAGAGCAUCCAUCCAGCCCAGCCUUGUGCUGCCACAGCACAGUGAAAUGAAUUGGCAAAGUUAAAUUUCCCCAACUUGCAGCAGGUGCUGGCUGUUAUUUUCCAAAUGGCAGCAGCUUCCUGGCUCCCUGUCCAUUCACUGCCCCUCAUUCUGCUGCUAAUCCAUAGCUCCUUCAUCCAGUAAGGAGAAAUGUAUUUGAGGCUCGAAUUACUGCCUUGUAAAUUACAGUAAUUGGAUUCAUCUGUCUGUUCCGCUCUUAUUAUGUACAUGAUAUGCUUAAAAUAAUCAUUUUACUGUUUUACUGAAGUCUGGAAUGUAUGUUUCACAAUGUACCAUCAUUAUGUGGUCUUUUUGCCAUGAAUUUUGAGCGUUGUACGUGUCCAUGAACUCAACUGUUGUUCAACAUGGGUGAAAUGUGCCUUUCAAUAGUCCUGAAACCUUGAUCUUAUAAACUUUUCUUC